UCCAUCCGCUCAUCUCUCUGUGUGUUUCUUUUGUACCCUUCCCUUUCUUUUUCUUUCUUUCUUUCUUUCUUUCUAAUUGAACCAAAUAUUAUCUUUACCUCUUGAGUAGGCUUUUUCUUCCCUUUAUGCUUUAUAUAUUUUUCUGCUUAGAGCAUCUUUUUGUCUUUCACCCCUCCCUCUUUCCUUCAAUUCUAUAACUUCACUGCAUAUAUUCAUGUUUCUUGAUGAGGCUAUAUAUAUAUACCUUUCUCCACUUCUUCUCGAGCUUCUUUCUUAGGUAAUUCUUUCUCUUGUUUUACUGAAAGAGUAGCUUGUACUUUGAUCCAUCCUCGUAUUGAUCCGAGAUUCUCGGCCAAAAACCUAAAAAAUUAAAUAACUACAAUGUCACUCGACAUGACAUCUUCGAUUUCCUCGGAACGUGUUUGUUACGUGCACUGCAACUUUUGCAACACCAUUCUUGCGGUUAGCGUUCCAUGCAGCAGCAUAUUUGCCAUAGUGACAGUAAGAUGUGGGCACUGCGCUAAUUUGCUUAGUGUUAGUAUGCAAUCUUCACUUCAGGCUCUCCCCCUUCAAGAUCCACAGAAGCAGCAAAGACAACAGUCAAAUGUUGAAAAUGCCAGUAAAGCCUGCGGGUCAUCAUCUUCUUCCAAGUGCAACAGAUUUUCUGCCAUUGAUUAUUCUCCUCAAAUUGAACCUCGAAUCACUCCUAUUCGCCCACCGGAGAAAAGACAACGUGUUCCUUCUGCUUACAACCGAUUCAUCAAGGAAGAAAUCCAAAGGAUAAAGGCAAGCAAUCCUGAUAUUACUCACCGGCAAGCUUUUAGCACUGCUGCCAAAAAUUGGGCACAUUUCCCUCAUAUCCACUUUGGACUCAAGCUGGAGGGCAACAAGCAAGCCAAAUUGGACCAUGCAGUUGCAGGAGAGAGUCCUCAUAAAUCUCUUGGUCUUUACUAAGAUCAAAACUUGAUACCAAAACUUAAAACAUAUAUAUAUUUCUAAAUAUUGUUUUCAAGUUGUAAAAGUCUCUCCAAACGACAUAUACAGUUUGGCUCUGAAGUUUCCUCUGGUAUCUUUGAAAAUGUUUGCCUUUUUCAGUGUGUUCCCUUUUCAGGCCGUGGGGUUCUUUAUUUGUGGCUCAAUAUCAUGUAUUCUAAUUAGCUACAUUCAAUGUUUACUCCAAUAACAUACACUUGCUCUUGUGACUUUUUA